AUGAGACUUGGAUGCAUAGAUACGAAGCCGGCUAAGCCACCUAAUUCUCCUCUCCCACCGAGCCAUGAAGCCGUGCCGAAGCCCUGCCAGGAUUCAACGGCUAGUGAAAGUGCUUCAAUAGGAAAUUCAUACACCAGUAUUCCCCCGGCAUAUGUGCCAGUUGGGGCAGCGCCUCAGGAUGGCUGUCCUGAAGAAGAUUUAAAUGUACACCCACGGAAGCGGUUAAAAACGACUCCCGCGGCUAUUGAAGCAUCUGCUGUCCAAACCGAUUUCCUUCUAACAACCUCAAUUCACGGUACCGCUGCCGGUCAUGAUAAUGCUUCGCCAGCCAAGGCAGAUGAGUUGACAUCACUGCUGUCCCCUCCAAGGAAGGUAUUGAAACUGAAUGCCAACGGCAAAUUGCUAAGCUCGCCACCACCUCAACGGAUCGAAGAGAAAGUCAAUAUAGAAGCCAAAAGUAAACAGAAAGGGGACUUGAACAAGAGAAAGACUAAAAUUGUUGUGAUCGAGUGCCAAAAUAAGACGAUUUCAAAGAAAGUUGAUGACAUAUUAUUUGGCAGGCAAAGAUAUAACCCCACGACGAAACCGGCCCCAACUACCAAUCCGCCGCCCCCUAAAGCUACACAUCCAUUUUUCUUGAAGAAGUCAGUUAGCCAAGUGCCGCAGGAGCCUUUAGCUGCGCCAGUCAAAGCAGAGGUUAAGCAAGAUUACCUGUUACCUCGAGCACAACAGCAACCCCCCCGGCAGAGUCAGUUCUCUCGAUCACUUUUCCCUAAAGCUCCUGAGCCAAUCGCUCCUGUAUGGCCACCCAAAGACCUCGUUCAUGUUCGAGGAGUUGAAUAUCAGCCUUCGAAUGCUUCCCCAAUUACGGUCCGUGACCGAAGGAAAAACAAGGAGCCCAUUUUGCAAAUACAUGAUUCUGAGAAUAUUCUCCUAAAUGAGCUCCACCUAACAUGGAAGGAAAUUGAAGACUCAUCAACAGAUUCGGAGAAAUCGUCAUUACGAGUACCAAAAAGGUCUGUUGCUAGCGGGGUGACCCUUCAGAAAGCCUUGAACACUCAGCUAUCGCAAGGUGCAUCGCAGCCGAAACAUGGAUCUGGUUACUGUGGUGAAGAGGGACGAAGCCAUCCUUCUAUUGCUAAACUCUACAAGUCUGUCGCAACUAGCAUGACCGCAUUUGAUACCGGCCAAUACGACUCGUUUCAAUGGGCUUAUAAGUAUGCCCCUACCUGCGCUGAGGAAGUUCUUCAGCCUGGCCCAGAAGCCCACCUUCUUCGUGAUUGGUUGAGAAAUUUAACCAUUUCAUCCGUAGAUACUGGUAAACCUGGUUCGGGGAAAAAGAAGGCAAAGCAGUCGGUUAGCCGGAAGACGAAGCGACGCAAGGCAUCUGAUAAACUAGAUGGUUUCAUUGUUUCGAGCGAGGAUGAGGCCUCGGAGAUGAGCGAGCUUUUGGAUUCAGACGACGAUGAGCUAGCUGGAAAUGUUACAGUCUCGUCCAAACGCACCGUCGUUCGAGUUGGCGAUUCUGUGGGAAAAUUCAAAAAAGGAGAUAGCGGCCGUAUGACGAAUGCGCUGUUGAUUAGCGGCCCCAAUGGCUGUGGAAAGUCGGCUUCGGUCUACGCAGUUGCGAAGGAACUCGACUUUGAGGUAUUCGAAAUCAAUAGUGGAAACCGACGAAGCGCAAAAGAUAUUGUGGAGCGUGUUGGUGAUAUGACACAUAAUCAUUUGAUUCGCCUAGAAGGAGAUAAGGAGAAAGGCGAAUCGAGUGAUGGUAUUCAUCAAACACAGUUCGCGCCAGUCGAUGCAAACCAAAACAAACUGAAUACCUUUUUCAAAGUCGCUCCUGCAAUCAAAUUGAACAGUCGACACGAUCAGGCCCGGAAUGAGAAAGCCGGACAAAUAACUCAAAAGCCACCAAAGACUCAAAAACAAAUGGAUACAGACAGCUCUCGACACCAGAAACAAUCUUUGAUACUACUCGAGGAAGUUGAUGUUCUUUUUGAAGAAGACAAACAAUUCUGGGUUGGCGUCUUAGCUCUGAUCAGUCAAUCCAAACGCCCGGUCAUAAUGACAUGUAACAACGAAGAACUUAUUCCACUUCAAAAUCUCUCGUUACAUGCCAUUCUUCGGUAUCAAAAACCACAUCCAGAUAUUGCUACCGAUUAUCUUCUGGUUCUUGCCGCAAGCGAAGGUCAUAUGCUAGAACGCAAAGCUGUGAACGAUUUAUACCUAAGCUCCAACCAAGAUUUACGGAAAUCUAUCAUGGAAGUCAAUUUUUGGUGUCAGAUGGCUGUGGGGAGUGAGAAAUCUGGGAUAGAUUGGAUCCUUGAUCGAUGGCCGCUUGGCAAGGAUGUGGAUAUUCAUGGCGAUAAACUUAAAGUAAUAAGCUUGCAAACGUACCCGCGUUUUAUAGGUUGGUUCAAUCGCAAUGUCACUAUGACCAAGAACAGCUUGGCUAGAGAAUCAGAGCUCUUACUCGAAGGUAUGAAUUGGUGGCAGCUAGAAAUCGACAUGGAAGGUGUCCGACCGCAUUACUCCUCGGUGCCCGCAACACAAGAUUCGUGUGACACACGAAUCGAGGAGUUGCAAAUUGCAACUAUCUUGGCAGACAGUUGCAGCUCUCUUGAUAUGCUUGCCCACAGUUGGUCACUAGAUGCGAAUGAAGACGAGCUUGACCCUACUAUUCCAGACCUUUCUGAAAAACAAAAAUCAAACUAUCAGGAAGGGUUCCCAUUAUUAAAUGCCAGCCGUAAGCCUGAUUACACAGGUCUAUCUGCUAGUAUCGGGUCCACUGCUCAGAUAUUAAUACGCCAUCUUAUCUCUCGCGACUCCUCUUUGCACCAUGAAGUCUUGACUUCCACUCGCGUUUUAUCGAGACAGACCCGUUCCAAGUCUCCUCGAUUCUCUAGUGCAAGUUUCAGUGCGUUUGAGCCAAUUAUGCCAACCAACUAUUCAGUGUCUGCUAGCCAUGGGCCUCUGUUCUCAGGAAACGAUGUUGCGGUAAUAGCUCAAGACUUGGCCCCUUAUAUCAGAUCUAUAAUGGAUUUCGAUCUUCGCCUUGAACGCUAUCGCUUUGAAUUGAGCGGGCUUAGGUCUCAAAGCUCAAAAAAUAAAAAGGUGAGAACCACCCGUGCAAGUCGUGCUGCUCUUGAAGGCGGGAGUAAGUCGAACACCCGUCGUGAGAGGUGGUUCUCAGCAGAGGCAAACCCAAAACGGAUAAUGGCAACUGGUUCCAAAGGCUGGCAAGACGCUCUUGUCCAAGCAGGACAUUUUUCAAUCCAACCCCUUGCUCUAGAAGGCAUAAAUUCAGGCCACAGUGAUUCAGAAGAUGGCAGCCAAGUGUAG